UGACCCUCUCUUUCAUGCAUUAUUAGUGUCACGCAGGCAGUACACAUCCAUGCCAAUGCCCCCGCUUCUUCAAUCUCCAAUUAUAACUCCUCUAAUUCCUCUUCCUUCCCUUCUCCCAAUUUCAUUCCUCUACCACACCACCUGUUUCUGUCCAAGUUGGAGAAUCGGUGUGGGUUUUUUGUUUAGUGGUUCCAGAUAUUUUGGACUCGUUUAGGCUUUUGUUUCAGUGUUUUUUGAGGUUUGGUUUUGGGGGAUUCAAUUGUGUCCGCACGUUUUGAAUAAAGAAUUAGAAGCGAACCAUGGGGAGGAGAGGAGACUCGUUUAAUUUCUCGUUGGCGAGUUCAGAGAGGGGUUCACGUGAAGGAUUUGACACGAUGUCCGUGAGUUUUUACCGGUGAAUGAGCGUCUCCAGUCGGUGAUUUCCCGAGGGCGUCCCCAUUGGAGGGCAUCUUGUUCUGAACUUCAUGUCUACAGAAGGUGAAACUGUUUGCAAUUCCAAUCCGAGUGAGGUCCAAGUGGAGUCAUCUUUCCUUGUUUUGGUCAAAGAUACUUAAGACUAUGAAAAGGACUCGAACUAGCGCAAUUUUGGUUUUUCUUCGACUCUGUGAGUAUGAUGGGAGUUUGAAAAAGGUUUCUGAGAGUAAAGGCGCCAAUAGCGAGCAGAUGAAACAGAGGGGAAUAUUGCUUGCUUUGAAGAUGUUUAAUCCAUUUUUGCAUCGGUUGUUAGCUUGAUUGCUGUUCUUGGUGAUACGGGAGGAUCUACUUCGCAGUUGAGAUCGUGAUUUUCAAGGUGUUUUCUGCGAUGAAACUUAUGGUUUUGAGGUAUUCUCCAUUUUUCUUGGUCUUGUUGGUUUGUGUACUGCCUCUGGUUCGAGCUGGAGAUGCAGAAGCUCUGUUAGCAUUGAAAGCAUCUCUCGACCCUGGGAACUCGCUGCCAUGGCGAGGAAGUUCCAUCUGCAACUGGCAAGGCGUAAAAGAGUGCACAAAUGGACGGGUAACUAAGCUCGUUUUGGAACAUCUAAAUCUCUCUGCUGUUCUUAACGACAAAAUUUUGAAUCGUUUAGAUCAGCUUCGUGUUCUUAGUUUCAAAGGAAAUUCACUUUCUGGUCAAAUCCCUGACCUUUCGGGUCUCGUUAAUCUCAAAUCCCUCUAUCUAAGCGACAACAACUUUUCCGGCGAGUUUCCGAGCUCCAUCUCCGACCUUCACCGCCUGAAGGUCGUCGUCGUUUCCGGUAACCAAAUAUCUGGCCCCAUUCCAGACUCGCUGCUGAAACUCCGGCGUCUCUAUGUUCUACACCUUCAGGACAACCAAUUCAGUGGCUCCAUCCCUCCUUUCAAGCAAACCAGUCUUCGAUUCUUCAAUGUCUCUAACAACCGACUCUCCGGCGACAUCCCAGUAACCCCCACCUUGGUCCGCUUCAAUGUGUCGUCAUUUUCCGGCAACCUGGAACUUUGCGGAGAACAAAUUCAGAAGCCCUGUGGAAAUGUUGCCAUUGCGCCAUCAUCGAGUCGCUCUUAUCCGCAAGUCACUGGCUCAAGCUCGUCUUCAAGACGCACCAAAUUGGUCAAGAUAAUAGCAGGAAGCGUUGGUGGGUUUGUCGGACUUCUAUUGAUCAUUCUUCUACUGUUUAUGAUUUGCAAAUGCAGGGAAAGAAAGAGUCUAUCCGAGGUCAGAAACAAAGGAAUCGACGACGAGGGAAUGAGGAUGGAGGAAGCAUCUGGAAUCUCCGCCGGCGGCAGAGGAGGUAAUAAUGGAGGAAAGCAAGGGGGAUUUUCAUGGGAAAGUGAAGGACUAGGAAGCCUAGUGUUCUGCGGAGCAGGGGAUGAGAAAAUGACUUAUAGCUUGGAAGAUCUGUUGAAAGCUUCGGCGGAGACUUUGGGCAGAGGGACCAUGGGAAGCACAUACAAGGCUGUGAUGGAAUCUGGGUAUAUUGUUACAGUGAAACGGCUGAAGGAUGCAAGGUACCCUCGAGCAGAGGAGUUCGGACGGCAGAUGGAGGUUCUUGGGCGGCUCAGACACCCCAACCUGGUCCCUCUCAGGGCCUAUUUCCAGGCUAAGGAAGAACGCUUGCUCGUAUAUGAUUAUUUCCCUAAUGGCAGUCUCUUCUCUCUCAUCCACGGAUCGAGAACUUCAGGCGGAGGAAAGCCUCUUCAUUGGACAUCCUGCCUUAAAAUAGCUGAAGACUUGGCCAAUGGUUUGUUGUAUAUCCACCAGAACCCUGGCUUAACCCAUGGAAACCUGAAAUCCUCAAAUGUACUACUAGGAUCUGAUUUCGAGUCAUGUCUUACUGAUUACGGACUUAACUUAUUCCGAGAUCCCGAUUCACUUGAAGAAUCUAGUGCAACUUCACUCUUUUACCGAGCUCCUGAAUGCCGUGACAUCCGUAAGCCAACCACACAACAAGCUGACAUCUAUAGCUUUGGUGUUCUUCUGUUGGAGCUUCUAACAGGAAAAACGCCAUUUCAAGAUCUAGUCCAAGAACAUGGUUCUGACAUUCCCAAGUGGGUUAAUUCCGUUAGAGAAGAGGAGACAGAGUCUGGGGAUGAUCCUGCAUCUGGGAACGAGGCAUCGGAAGAGAAACUUCAAGCUCUUUUGAACAUUGCAAUGGCUUGUGUUUCGCUGAUGCCACAAAACCGACCAAUGAUGAGAGAAGUUCUAAAGAUGAUAAGAGAUACAAGAGCAGAGGCUCAAAUCUCAUCCAACAGUAGUGACCAUUCACCAGGUAGCUGGUCUGAUAUUGUCCAGAGUUUGCCCAGGGAUGAACAUUUAGGUAUUUGAAUGGCCUCCAAAUUUACAAGUUUACAUUUUGAUUAUCAUUGUUGUUGUCGUUGCUAUUCUUGAUUUUCAUUUUCAAGGCAUAUUUUAUUAUUAUUCUUCUUGGAUGGUAGAGAGUGUAAAGUUGUUAGAUUUUAUUGGUAAAGUGUUUCUUCUUUGGGCUAGUUUCAACAAAACAAGAAGCAGAGAAGGAGCGAGCUGAUGCACUUGGUUCAUCCUCGUCUUGCUGUUCAUUUGAUAGGAAAUAAGUAAUUCAUCCAUCAGACGAACAGAAAGAGAGUGUAGAGCAUGUUUAGGUGAUUCAAUGUCAUUAGUCCAAUUCCAAUGAUUUGCUUCAUAUUCAUCAAAUAUUUAUACAUUUC